UUGAAUAUAGUGAGACAACCCCAAUUUGCCCAGGCAGUAAAGUCAAGAAAACAAAUUUGUUGGGGUUGUAUGUGGCGCUCUUGUGCCUACGCAACUUCCUGUGUGUCGUCAUCACUAAGCGACGCUUUGGCUGCAAGUGUUUGCUUGAAAAUCCGUCGAUCGAAAGAAAGAACGAUAUGGCCCCAUCACCGACAAAGCGCAAAGAGGAAGAAAAAACAAAGGAGAGGGGUAAGGAAAAGAAUAUCAAGGAUGAAGACAAAGAACGAGGACGAGACAAAGUGAGGAAGCGUCGCAGUGCUUCUACUGGAAGCAGCAGCAGCAGGUCCAGCUCAUCUUCAAGCAGCAGCUCUGGUUCCAGCUCAGGCUCCUCCAGUGGGUCCAGUUCAUCUGGCUCCAGUCGCUCAGGUUCUUCAAGUUCUCGCUCCUCUUCUUCUUCAAGUUCAUCUGGGUCACCUAGUCCAAGUCGAAGACGCCAUGAUAACCGACGCAGGUCGCGUUCAACGUCAAAAACGCAGAAAAAAGCAGAUGAGAAGGAAAGACGAAAAAGAAGUCCAACCCCAAAACCAACAAAGGUUCAUAUAGGUCGACUGACACGAAAUGUCACGAAAGAACAUAUACUGGAGAUCUUUUCGACUUACGGGAAAAUAAAAAUGGUGGAUUUGCUGAUGGACAGAAGUCAUCCUCACCUUAGCAGGUGCUCUGCCUAUGUUGAAUUUGAAACUUCAGAAGAGGCCCAGAAAGCACUCAAGCACAUGGAUGGAGGCCAAAUUGAUGGACAAGAAAUAACUGCUGCAGCAGUACUGCCUCAGCGCUUCCGACCUCCACCUCGGAGACCUUCACCACAGCGAAGAAUGCCUCCACCUCCCCCCAUGUGGCGCCGCAGCCCACCACGCAUGAGGAGGCGAUCCCGCUCUCCGAGGAGGCGCUCGCCAAUACGACGUCGCUCACGCUCUAGGUCAGCAGGACGCAGGCGCCAUCGCUCUCGUUCCAGCUCAAAUUCAUCCAGAUAAACAUUCGUGUUAGAAGCUCAGCUGAAGAUAGUGAAUGUUUUUUUCUUUCUUCUCUUUUAAGAUUUAAGAUUCUUUUUUAAAUUUUAAGUCUUCAAGGACUUCUUUGUUGUGUAAUUUGGCAUCGUUAGUUUUAAGACAACUGGUCUUUUACCAUAAUAUAAUAAUAUAAUAUGGGGAAAUACUAGUUGCUACUGUUUGAGAAUAUUUUUUGAUACAAAUUUUACCACCUUACACAUUAUUACAUGUUUGUUUUAGUGAUGUAUGAUUUCUUUAAUACUUUCUGAAAUAAAAUAAAAAAAGUUUGGAUGCAUUUA